AUGAGGGAUACCUCAUGGUCUACAGUGCUCAACAGUUUGGUCUUGUCCAAAUGCUGGUAUGUACUACGAGUAACUCCGUUUGCUCAAAGCAAUGUCCAAGCUAUCCGGUCCAUUUGUACCAAGUUUCUACGAAAAGGCAUAUUUCCUGUUAUCCCCUGGGCCACAUGGACCAAGCCAAAGCCAUUAGGUGGAUUAGGUGUUCUGGAUGUUGCCCUACAACAAUCAGCCCUAUACUUUCGUUGGGUUCAACCGCUCCUCCAUCCCUCUGACUCGCCCCACAUCCUAGAUCUCUUGCUGGUCAUGCUAGUGAAUAAGCAAAAUCAGAGUGCGCAUGAGCAGGUUCCGUUGCUUUUUCCCCUCACACGAACCACUGGUCUCACUAAACAACGCACCAACACGGUAACAAUGAUCUACAAAUCAGUUGACUGCCUCAAACGCAUCAAUGAACCAGUUCACCUCAACAUCGCUACCGCCUUAAUCCUACCUGCCAAAGCCAUUCUGCGGCCGUCUGCCACUGUCUCCAAAUCGUACAACACUGCUCACAUGGUCGUACUGGUAACACUUGGCAACAUUUGGCGAGCUCAAGUUCGUGUGAUCUUUCACUCCACUCCAUUUACAUGGAUCGAUGUGGUCCAGCAGAUCAAGAACAGGCUCCUUCAACUACAUGCCCAAACUGAAAUUCACAAACAAUUGUAA